AUGGCUAGCCCCGUGGAGCACAAGCUCCCCCAGCGAUCCGGCACCGUCAGCAGCAGCUUCACUCGCCGCACAUCCUUCAGUGACGAUGAGGCUAUUCCGGAUACCGAUAGCAGUGAGACCAGCAACCUAUUGAUCGAGCGUCUUCGUGCUUGGAAGCAUAUGUGUGGAAACCUCGAGGACUAUGUCUCGACCACAGCCAAAUUGUCCAAGUCUCAGUCGAAGGACCAUGAAAAGAUUCUCAAGACUGUCAGUGAACCAUUGAAAGAGGCUCAUCAUUUUAGUCAGUCUGAGGGCGGCAUGGCUGGUCUCUUCAAUAAUAUGCGCAACAACGCUCAGGGAAUGGUCAACAUGUACCUCGAAACCGAAAAGAACCUGAAAGCCACCGUGCUCCCUACGCUCGAGCGCCUCCACAAGGAAAUUAAAAACAAGUCGAAGGAGCUCAAGACAGGAGCAGCCAAGGGAGCAAAGGCCGUCGAAAAGGCUCGCAACGCGACGCAGAAGCACAUCGAGCUUUUGGGCCAGCACUCCGCCUCACACGACUCUGCUAUGGGCAGCAAGAUUGAGCAAGCACAUGAUCCCUACCUGCUUAAGCGCCAAAUCAACCAUCGCCUCAACAAGCAGGUGACCGAGGAGAACAACCACCGCCAGGACAUCCUGACAGUGCAGAACUCAUUCCAGCAGUUCGAGGCUCACGUCCUGCAAACCGUCCAGGCUGCCCUGGAACAAUUCCACCAGAUCAUGGGUGGCCAGCUGGACCGCCAGCGCGCCAUGUAUGCCGACGUGCUCGGCGCCGCCCAGCGCAUCCCACCAGACUUUGAAUGGAUUAACUUCUGCGUAAGCAAUGACGCCAAGCUCGUGAACCCAGACUCCCCACCCCGCGAGUUCGCCAAUCUCACUUUCCCAAACCAAGACCACCGCGCAACCAAGGCUCUCCUCGAGGGAACUCUCGAGCGCCGCUCUCGAGCCGUCAUCAAGGGAUACAGUUCAGGCUACUAUGUCAUCACACCUGCACGUUACCUGCACGAGUUCAAGGAUGACGAUGACUUCCGCCGUGACCCCUCCCCGGAGCUGUCACUAUACCUGCCCGACUGCACCGUUGGCUCGAUUGACGGUGUCAAGUUCAACGUCAAGGGCAAGGAUAUCUCCAGCAACAAGGUUGGCAAUGCCUUCCACACCACCACCGAGCUUAACUUCAAGGCUUCUACCCCUAGCAACGCCGAAAAGUGGUGGUCCGUUCUCAAGGAGUGCACAGGUGGUACUAAUGUCGCUGCUGUCGGUGGCACUGCUGCUGCUGCUUCCACCCAAGCUUCUCCCGUUUCACCUACUAACGACCCCACAAGCCCCACUGGCAGCGUCUCUGGAAAGGCUAACCAGCCUCCAACAUAUGCUGAGAAGGAGAAGGAUGCCCAGUCGCCUGCUGGCUCCCCUUCGGAGGUGAAGACGCCCGGUUCCGUGAAGCCUAUCAGCCGCACCGCUAGCUCAGGAAGCAGUUACUUCACAGGACCCACUGGUACUGCCGCGGGAGAGAAAUCUGAGAAGUCUUGA